AUGGACAUCGAUCUGCUGCUGUUCGGGCAUAUUCUGUACGAAAUGGCUACGGGCAUGGAGCUUGUAGCCCCACAGCCAGAAGAAGGCGUGCUCGAGAUGCUGGCUCCUGAGAUAGCGGAGGUUCUCCAAGCUAUCUUCUACUACCCAGACGCUCUAUCUCCGCCGGAACCAGAGCUGUCUUCGGCUGAAGCAGAGAACGGCGUGGAAAUUGACGACUCUGUAUCAGUUAGUAGCACUCUUAGCAGUCGCAACAAGAAGCUUUUGUUCCUUGUCGACGUAGAGAAGAUGCUGGACGAGUUGCCGCUAUUUGCAGCCAGUGACGUUCCACCGAUUCGAACGCUCUUUUCUGGGUUCCGUCUGGACUCGGCUAUGAAGAGUUCCAUCAAGUACAGUAUGCGUAUUAGCGCGAGUCGAACGCAGGCUCAUAUUGUGCACUACAACGACCAGCAGGCAUUGCUGCGUGCACGUCAACGUGCUGAACGUCGCGUGUACGAGGAGAAGGAAAAGCAGCAGCAACGUAUCCAGCAACUCACACACAGCAAAAAUCCCACUAGCAAGGGCAACGCAUACAGCAGCAAGACUAUACCGACCAGACGAAAGACGUACCGUGCUGACAGCUUCCGCAAGCACGCACAACGCGCAUUAUCUCUACCUGACAGCACGAAAUCUGGCACUAGUGCAUCCAGUGCCUAAAAGAGAUAUAUUCGGAUUUUUACAGUAGAGCUGCACCGAUUCUAAUGAAUCCUAAAGUGAAUUUCUGCAAUGCAACUGUAACUGUUAAAACCCAAA